AUGGCUGAUACAAAGUUUAUAGCUGAAGGAGGAUCAUCACAUAGGCCUCCUUACUUUAAUGGUUCUGACUACUACUACUGGAAAGGUAAGAUGAGAUUGUUUCUAAUAUCUAAUGAUAACAACAUGUGGUCUCUGGUUGAAAAUGGAAACUACACACCAAUGACUACUGCAACAGACACAGUUGCGUCAAUUCCAAAAAUUCAGUCACAAUGGACAAAAGAAGAAAACGACAAGGUACUACUAAACUCUAAAGCUCAAUUUAUUUUAUCAUGUGCUCUUAGCAGGGAGGAAUACGACCGAAUAGAAGAAUGCACAACUGCUAAAGAAAUCUGGGAUUCUCUCAAAAUACAUCAUGAAGGAACAAGCCAUGUUAAAGAAGAACGAAUUGAUCUAGGAGUUAGGAAAUUUGAAACCUUCGAAAUGAAGGAAGAAGAAACCAUAGAUGAAAUGUUCUCUAGAUUCACGGUAAUUGUCAAUGAACUGAGAUCACUGGGUAAGGCUUAUACUGCUCAUGAAAGAAUUAUAAAAAUCUUGAGAUGUCUUCCAAAAAUCUGGAGACCUAUGGUAACAGCUAUCUUACAAGCCAAAGAUCUAAAGAUUCUACAAGUUGAAGAACUUAUAGGAUCUCUUCGCGCUCAUGAAGGUAUCCUCAAUGAAGAUAAACCACAAAGAAAAGGAAAAAUGAUAGCUCUUAAAACUUCUCAAAAUUCUGCAUCUCAAAUCUCCACCUCACAAGGAACAAAUGAAGAAGAAACCGGAUUCCUAUCUGAAGAUGAGAAUGAUUUGGCUUUAAUCUCUAGAAGGAUUCAACAGAUGAUAUUAAAAAGAAAUCAGAACAGAAGAUCAUUUCAACCUAGGAAAGAUUACCAGAAACCAGAGAUUGACAAAAGCAAGAUUACAUGCUAUGGAUGCAACAAACUUGGACACUUCAAAACAGAAUGUCCACACAAAACUCAAAGAAAUUUCUCCUCUAAAAAGAAUUCUAUGCUCGCACAAUGGGAUGAUUCAGAAAACUCUAACUCUGAAACUGAAGAUGAGGAAGCUAACCUAUGCUUGAUGACCAACUCUGACUCUGAAGAGGUAGAACCAAAGAAUAUCAAUGAAGCAUUAAAAGAUGAAUCUUGGAUGGAAGCCAUGACAGAAGAAUUAUCUCAGUUUGAGAAAAGCCAAGUUUAG